AUGGAUGGUCGCUUGUUGGCGGAUCAUGUUAUGCAAAAGGCCAAGAGACAUAACAAAGACUUGACGGCGGUAGAGUUGAAUGAUCUGAGUGUUCCAGAGCAAGCAUUCCUUGAUACUACAUCAUUCGAAUCACGGACUCUGGCUCAAUUGCCAGCUUUUCUGAAAGCAUUCAGUCCCGAGCAAGGUGCCGGUUUGUCGAAGGCUUCUGAAGAGAAAGGGUGUCCGCAUACGCUUGUCGUGACUUCGGCAGGCCUUCGAGCAGCCGACCUUGUGCGCGCACUACAGUCAUUCCAAAACAAGGAAGCCAUUGUCGCCAAACUGUUUGCUAAGCACAUCAAACUCGACGAAGCCAAGCAAUUUCUUAAACGGGCUCGAGUCAACAUCGGAGUUGGAACUCCUAUGCGAAUAAUCGAUUUGAUCGAGUCAGGAACCCUCAAAACGCAGGAGCUGGAACGCAUCGUCAUUGACGGGUCCCAUAUCGACCAGAAGAAGCGCGGCAUCUUUGACAUGAAAGAGACGCACUUCCCGUUGCUGCAACUUCUGACACGACCGGAAUUCCGGGAACGAUCGAAUCCUUACUUCUGGAGUCUGGAUUGUGCAGCACGAGAGACUACUCCACUCUCGCCAAUUCAUCCCCAAAGAGGCAGCAUUCGAGUCAUAAACCCUGCUAGCGUCUGCAGAGGAUCCGGUGCUUCGGACACGACCCGCCGUGCAACACCCCCUCACGCUGCCACCAAUGGCCCGCCCGGUUCGCUGCAGCCCGGUGGAGCGAGGCCGUCUGUCGGGUCCGGCAAGGUGAACCGAAUGCAGGAUGGUAGCGAGCUUUCCAAGGAUCAGUCUCUGGCAAGAAACUCAAUUCUCUCUCUCCUGUUCUCCCUUUUCUUCGCUGUCUGGGUGCUGCUCUUGGGCGGGCUGACCCACGUCAAUGAUAUGACACUGGCGUCUUCCACGCUCGAGACGGCUACCGUCUCUCCUCCAUCGCUCGACUGUCCGCCUCUGAGAUUAUCACAAAGUGUACAGCAAUCGCAUGCUAUUGCUGAAGCCGAUACCGUCCGACCACGUGCAAAGCGGCAUUCUGACGGAAGUGGCAAGUCUCUGGGAAAUCGCUCGCGUCCCUUGCAGCAGCCCAGCCCGCCAAAGGGCGUCAAGCGUGCCAGAAUGGACGCCCCUGAUUCCCCACCAAAAGUUGAUGAGCCUCUCCAAGUAGAUAGCGACGUCAGCGACGGCACUUCUACCCUCAAUGAACGGUCGACUAUCGUCUCCUCCAUAAGAAACUACACCUACGAGAAUGGUCGUCGGUACCAUUCUUACCGCGCCGGCCAAUACUUGCUUCCCAACGACGACCGUGAGCAGGAUCGCCUAGAUCUGGGGCACCACAUUUUCAAACUGAUACUCGAUGGGGAACUAUUUCGGGCGCCCAUCGAACCACGAUGUGUGCUCGACAUUGGUACGGGGACAGGCCUAUGGGCAAUCGACCUGGCAGAUGAGUAUCCCGAUGCAGAGGUGAUAGGCAUAGACUUGAGUCCCAUCCAGCCGUCUUGGGUACCCCCGAAUUGCCGGUUUGAAGUCGAUGAUGCGGAAAGCGAGUGGCUAUUUGCUCAACGUGGGGCCUUUGACUUCAUCCAUGGGAGAGCCAUGUCGGGGUCAAUUGGCGACUGGCAAAAACUAUUCAAUCAGGCCUACGAUCAUUUGCGGCCGGGGGGCUGGCUGGAACUGCAGGAGUAUGAGACACAGGCGACUUCAGAUGACGACACCAUCGAUCAGGCCGUCCAUUUGAAGUUGUGGCAGGAUAAGAUCAACGAGGCCAGUCAGAUCUUUGGCAAGCCGUUCAUGGCCUCUCCUUCAGAUGAUCGAGGCCGUGGAGCCGUUCUCUCUGGCAGUCUUCACACGCAUAUUGAAGUGGACGCCGGAAGCGACGCGCGAGCUGAUGGAACGGGUCAAAGCGGACCUGUGCAAUCCACGGCUGCAUCUCUAUUCUCGGUUCCACUUUAUUUAUGGGAGGAAACCGGAGAAACAAUAGCAUUGCAUUCUUCAUUCGUCUAUGCAUAUUCGAUUAUGGCACGGGACGGGUGUUCCUUUGUCGACAGGCGUUCUUGGAAGAGGUCGUUUUGGUGGUAA